AGGCGAUCAUCAUCCCGUUGAAUCAUCACUCCACGCAUCUUACUCGAUAGAUGGCGUUCGCUUCUGUUAAAAACAAAACAAAGGUGUGGGUUAGUUAAUCGAUAGCUGUCAAUUUAUAUGCAUGUUUGUUUAGUUUUCUGUGACACCAUAUAUAACAUAUCUACUUAUCUGCUGAAUAAAUAUGGCUUAUGAGCAGGAAGACCUGUAUGAGAAUGUGGUCUUCCGGAAUUCGCAAAUCGUUUAUCCUCCAGAUAUGGCCAGCCACUUGACACCGACGAGUGUAGCCGAUUCAAGGAUAUUUCGGUCGGAUCCAUGUCAAGAAACCUCGAAGCCUACUCGACCUCGCCAGAGUGUUUUAGAUGCCUUUGAUCCGGUACUACAGAGGAAAUCUGUGGCAUCGUCAAGUCGUCCAAAGCCCUCAGAAGUGUUAAAAUUGAGUCAUAUUGACUUCACCGAUCACUCUGAGCCACCUCCAUUGCCCAAAAGGAAUGCUAGCUUUAAGGUUCACCAGUAUGACCCUGUAGCUAUUGAAAAUGGAAGAGUUGAAUUCCAGACAAAGCAAGAAAAAGUUCCAGCAGUGGUUUUACCAUGUGGUGAAUCAUCAACCACCAGUGAAGAAGAGGAAGAACUUCCUGCUUGCCCAUCUGCACCCAAAAAUGCAACACAUAAGGAGAAGGUUAAAGUACUGAUGAAUAAAGUUGCUAACGUAGAUUGGUUGACAGGGCGCAAGAGAUAUUCCACUACCACUAUGCCACAUAUCAAAGAAUCAGACAUGACAGAGUCUGGAACAACACAAUCAUUGAAGCUUGGUACCACUGAUACUUUAGGCCAUGCAGGAAUGCUUAACUGGAGCACAAGUGGAAGUAAAAAGGAUCUGCAGAACUUGUGGACUGAACUAAAGAACCGUGUUUUGAGCGCAUUCACCGGCCAAACAACCGAGGCACCCAUUUACGUGAUAAAUCUAGAAAAACUUGUGUCAAUAGGUCUCUCAGGCACAGAGGAGUCACUCUUCUUUGAGCUAGCACAUUCUAAAGAAAAAUCCAAGCUCAUUAUAACUGUAAAUACUGCAAAAGAACGCUUUAAGUGGAUGGAAUGGAUAUUAGAAUCUGCUUACGGAGAUUUAUUCUCUUCCGAAUUGCGGAAGUGCUUUACUCGAAGCGGUCGGGUAUUUAUCAAAGAUGGCAUAACUGGUGAAUGGCAAAUAGCUUGGCUGCUUAUCCAAUCCUACAGCAAAAAACUUUGGGUCAAAAAAACAGCUGGCCUAAUCGUCUGUGAAGAUUUACGUAAGGUUCACUCAGUGUCUCAGUUGAGCGAUGGCGGGGGUAGUCCUUACGCCCUUCAAGUUGGUUCACCAAUAGUUAUCCAUUGGCCAGACCACACCUGCUACAUCCAAAGUGAUCUCAAAGCUGAGACAGAAGCAUGGUUUCUUCUUAGCCGCGCUGUGGCACUUCAAUCUGGCACCGAUUUGGAAGAUCACCAACUAACAGCAGACGAUGUUCCUGUUUUGGUGGAAUGUUGUAUUAAAUUCAUUGAAACCUAUGGUAUGCUUACCGAGGGUAUUUAUAGAAGGAGUGGAGUUCAAUCUAAAAUCAACCGAUUGCUCGUCGGACUUCGCUAUGACGCUUGGAAUGUCCACAUCUCGUGCGAAGAGUACACUGAACACGACGUUGCUAACGUCCUGAAACGGUUUUUUCGCACGUUACCUGAGCCGUUGCUCACAAAUGAGCUCUAUUCCCAGUGGAUUGACGGGCUGGCCCUGGAAAGUCACGAACAUCAGUUGGAACUCUACAAGCAUCUAAUCAGUGGGCUGCCACAUGUUAAUAGGCGAACCCUACGCAAACUCCUUGGUCAUCUACACGCAGUACAAAAUAAAUGCGAAAAGAACUUGAUGUCAGUCAGUAAUUUGGCAGCCCUUUGGGGGCCUAAUUUGAUGACUGUCGAAAGUGCACGUGACCAUACUUCGAACUUCAGUCACACGAACGCUGAAACGGACGUAGUACUUCAAUUGAUUCAGUAUUAUCCCUGGCUUUUUGACGUUGAUCGGGAAAAGUUGGCGGUAAAUGAUCAGAUCUCGGAAAUGCAAGAAAGGUUAGAACAGGGUGCGUUUGCCAAAAAAACUGCAGGAGAUAUUCGUACGUGGAUCUUUAGCGAAAUGAUAGACCAAGAUAUCGCCGUCGAGAUAGGACCAAGGGUAAAAGUUUGCGACGUCAUACCUGGAUUACGACCAGCCCACCAUAAAGCAAAUAGUGCUAUCCUGAUGGAGUCUAUAUGUCAGGGUGAUCUCAGAAGACCGCUUCAGUUCAAAGAGUUAUUACUUCCGGCUUUACUCAAAUGGGCGGACUGGUCUGAAGAGUAUCGCAAAGAUAAUCAACUUGUUUUUGGCCAACAUCCCACCAUUGCGAAGCUCUGUGAUAACGACAAGAGUUUGUCACCCAAAUCUAUUUUCGAGGUCCAUUACUCCGGACCCAAAAACAAAGGUUUCCGACAGUGUCCUUUUGAAUUCUGUCAAGCCAGAUUUACCCUUCUCAAAGAUCUGAAGAAUCAUACCAUAUACGGUCGUUGGGAUUUGGAGAAUAUCUUGUGGUACCUUGGAAGCGAUUCAAGGCGCAACGCUCCCACAAAGUGGUGCAUUACCUUUAUCGAGCGAGAUGUUCCUGUGCCCAAAAAGGGCCACCUGUUUCUUGGUCAUUGUAUGGCUUUCGCAAUGGAGACCGACUACUUGACGUUUCUGAAAUCUCUCAUCCUUACCGAAUUUGAGGGUGGCCUUUCGGGAUUCGUCGUUUGACGACAGCCACAGAUAUUUCAGAUGCACACAUUUUCCAAAUCAUCAGAUACUUAUUCGCAGAACAAAAAACUAUAGUCUAUCUUACACAUCUCUACGGGACGAAGAUGUCCUGAAGAGGAAAUUUUCGACAAUGAUGUUUUAUCGGCAAACAUUUACGACAUCCAGGAAUGUUUCUCACGCCAUCAACUGCAAUAUAUACUUAAGUUAAAUUUCUGUAACUAGAAAUUGAACGCACUAGCGAUUUCUCGCUCACAUAUUUGGGUUUUAUAAUACCUUUUCCGUGCAAUUUUUAUGCCAUUUCACCGAACGUCCCCUGUAUCAGAAGAGUUGGAAGUGGAAGCGUUGAAUUGAAGUUAAAUCCUUUUCUCUCUGGUGGUCAGGCAGACGUUUUCUUUCCAUAGUUCUCAAGAAUAUUUGGGACCACCAAGUGAUUUUUUUUAAAACUCUGAUCUUAAAAUCCUUUUCUCGUUAAAGAAAACGAUUUGCUGUUUCUAAAUGUUAGGCACAGAACAUGAAAAGAAAAGCCAAAUACACAUUAUAAUUUUAAAUGGUAAAUAAAAACAAAAAUCCCGA